UCUCCUUUGUGUUUAAAGCAUUUGAAUCGGGAGAAAAACCAAGUUCAUGCGCUGUAGGUCUCGCUUAGCCCAUUGCACAGCCUUGGAGGUUAUUUUAUAGUUUAGGUUACCUGCGUAUGAAUUUAAAGAAACAAGUGGUUACUAUGCAAAUCAAUUAGUAGAUUCACCCUAUUACCGUGGGAUUCCGAUUCAGGGCUUGCGAAACCCAUACCGGCUGUUUGGGCUGUGCGGAUUUCUAUGUUGAAGACACCGCCCAGUAUCAAUCCAUAGGAUCAAAGGAAAGUCCUCGUCCUUUUCCUUUCUCCUCGUCGUCGUCUCCGGGGCACACCCAUCUCACCCGCGCUCCAGUUCGUCCACCCAAGAUAGUUCCAAUGGAUCCUAGUAUGCAACAACUGCAGCAGGCUCUAGUUGAGAUUGAAACUGAAGCUGAGCAUCUUCUUUUGGCGCGUAAUCAGCUAGUUGAAAAUGACAGAUUGAGGAAUGGUAACAGAGAAGCCUUAACAGCCCUCCGUAAGAGAGCACGCACAACAAAAAGUAGCGUUCCAUCUCCUUUCGAGGCAAUAAUGAAAGAAAUAGAGGGAACUAAAUCGAAGGAAUUAGUCAAGGAGAUAUGCCCCACCUGUGGAAAUCAUGACUCGAAGGAACAUACAUGGAUGAUGUUUCCAGGGUCUGAUAUUUUUGCUCGCAUGCCUUUUCAUGCAGUGCACGCCAUUUUGGAGAAAGAUCAAGAACGACUGGACUAUGAGACGAAGAAAUUACAGAGCUAUGUUAAGGAGAAAACAUUCCUGCUUUCAGAAAAAGGAGCUCUUGCUGACAGGAUUAGUCCUGGUGUCCUUAGAUCUCUGGUCACCCUGACUGACAAAUCUGGAUAAAUUUUGGGGAAGCAUGCAUACACGAACGCAAUUGUAUUUUUUGAUGUAAUACACUAUUGCAAUUGUAUUCCUGUUUCUUGGACUUUACACUUUAUUGUAAUUCAUCUUUCUUAUGAAUUAGCUUUGAUGGUGGUUAUCAUUUUGGGAAAAAA